UUGGGCCUGGCGGGUGAACCGAGGCUCCGGGCGGCUGGGCGGCGUCCGGAGAGCUGCUGGGCCAGAGCGCCCAGGGUUCACACCACACUCCAGGAGGUGCCCGGGAUAGUGGGUCAGCUGGCGAGACCUGCAGGCCAGGACCAUGGGCUGCUUCUUCUCUAAGAGGAGUAAGGCUGAAAAGGAGUCACGCACCGAGAGCGAGGAGGAGCAGCCCAAGCAGUACAGCUGGGACCAGCGAGAAAAGGUUGAUCCAAAAGACUAUAUGUUCAGUGGACUGAAAGAUGAAACAGUAGGUCGCUUACCUGGGAAAGUGGCAGGACAGCAGUUUCUUAUUCAAGACUGUGAGAACUGUAACAUCUACAUUUUUGAUCACUCUGCUACAAUUACCAUCGAUGACUGUACUAACUGUGUAAUUUUUCUGGGACCUGUGAAAGGCAGUGUAUUUUUCCGGAAUUGUAGAGAUUGCAAGUGCACAUUAGCCUGUCAACAAUUUCGUGUGCGGGAUUGUAGAAAGCUGGAAGUCUUUUUGUGCUGUGCCACUCAACCCAUUAUCGAGUCUUCUACCAAUAUCAAGUUUGGCUGUUUUCAGUGGUACUACCCUGAAUUAGCUUUCCAGUUCAAAGAUGCAGGGCUAAGUAUUUUCAAUAAUACGUGGAGUAACAUUCAUGACUUUACACCUGUAUCAGGAGAACUCAACUGGAGCCUUCUUCCAGAAGAUGCUGUGGUUCAGGACUAUGUUCCUUUACCUACUACUGAAGAGCUCAAAGCUGUUCGUGUUUCCACAGAAGCCAAUAAAAGUAUCGUUCCAAUAUCCCGGGGUCAGAGACAGAAGAGCAGUGAUGAAUCAUGCUUAGUGGUAUUAUUUGCUGGUGAUUAUACUAUUGCAAAUGCCAGGAAACUAAUCGAUGAGAUGGUUGGUAAACACUUUUUCCUAGUUCAGACAAAAGAAGUGUCCAUGAAAGCUGAGGAUGCUCAAAGGGUUUUUCGGGAAAAAGCACCUGACUUCCUUCCUCUUCUGAACAAAGGUCCUGUGAUUGCUUUGGAAUUUAAUGGAGAUGGUGCUGUAGAAGGAUGUCAACGUAUUGUAAACGAGAUAUUCAAUGGGACCAAGAUGUUUGUAUCAGAAAGCAAGGAAAAAGCAUCUGGAGAUGUAGACAGCUUCUACAACUUUGCGGAUAUACAAAUGGGAAUAUGAAAUGCAAUGUGGAACCAAGGACUUGGUAUUAAGCCUUUUCCAACUUCUGUAUAUAGAGUUUGAUAAUAAGCUUUUGUGUAUUAGCAGUGAUUUUUUACUAAUGCUGAAAUUGUUAAAGGUUAUUUUUAAUAACAUGUUGAAUAUAGCAUCAUUUACUUGAGGUUCAAAAUAGUUCAUUUAAAUUAAGUAGUUUUAAUCAGCUUAAAAACUAUUUAACCUACUUCAAUGAGCUUGUGGUUUUGUUCUGCAACUCUUAUUAGAAAAUAUAAGUGGCUAUCAGUUCAUGAUUUUAAUCCUAAUUAAAUGUUCUUUCAAAUCUCUAAUAAUUUAAACUUUCCAACUUUCCUCAGUGCUCCAUGAUACUUGUUGGAGAAUAAAUUUCAUUGCUUAUUUUUUUAAAUUUAGAAGUAUUUGUUACUAGUUGAUAAAUUAGAAUGAACAUAUACACAUUUUUUCAUGUAUACAUAUCCAGUUAAAUAAUUGCCUCCUAGUUGCAUUAUAUGGCUAGUGACAUUUUGUACAUGGAACUGAUAUAAUACUUUGUAAACUGAGUUUUUUAAAGAAAUAAGCAUUUGAAAGCUGGGAAUAAUGGUGUGUGCAUGUAGUCCCAGCUAUGUGGGAAGUGAAGGCAGGAGGAUCACUUGAGCUCAGGAGUAAGUCCAGCCUGGGCAACAUAGUGAGAUCUCUAUCUCAAAAGAAAAAGAAGAAGAAAUAGGCAUUUGAUAACCAGCUUUGCAAAUAACUCUACUAACUGAUGUUGGUACAGCUAUUUAAAGACUACUUUAUAAGUAGUAUAACUAUUUGAAUAAAUUCCACUUUGUUUAGUUUUUUAAUACAACUGCUAGGUGACUCAUACUUCUUGGUAAGAAAAAGUAUAUGCAACACUAAAACUAUAGAGGCCCAAUCGCCAGCAGUUUUUACAAAGGUAAUUGCUGUUUGAUCAGCUCUUGUGGGCUAUCAAGAUAAUUCGAACAUAACCUUGUGACUUUUAGGCAAGAAAUACUUAGGCAUGAUGAUAAGCUAUGCAGAUUAUGGAAAAGCUUGAAACAUUUGAUUUUCAUUAGAUUUGCCAUUUAUGUCAAGUAAUGGUCAAUACAAUAAAAUCAUUUUGGUUGUGUCAGAGCAUUAUUUCUCAAAUCCAUCUGACCAUAGUAAUUUGCCAGGAUGCAAGGGAAAUCUACUUGUUUGGAAAUUCACACUCUUAGACCCAAUCCUCAGAUGCACAGGUUCAGUCAGGGGAAACUUAAGGAAUAUGAUUUGAUCUACAGUAAUUAGUUCAGAAGGUAUUGAUAGGUUGAUCUUGUAAGAAGGUACUGAACCUACCAUCCACAACUCAUAUAGCAGCUAAUAAGAAAACAGCUUUUGUGGCACUGUUUUUAAAAAGAAUCUGAAAUUUAAUUCUAUUUUGAUAAAACUAAGACCAAAAAUGGCCACUUGUAAAAAUUACUUUUAUGAUUGUUACUGAAAAUGUAUUUUCAUGUUUCAAACAUUUUUGGAUAUUUUCAGGCUAAUACUACAUGGAAUUGUUUGUUAACAUGCAGAAAUAAUACAUUAAAAAACUUUUCACUUUAAAUUAGUAUGUAAUAUUAAGCACCCACACUGUGCCUGGUCUCGUGCUAACUAUUAGUGCUGCAUCAUUUAAUUUAUUUCUAUAAAAUCAUUUAAUUUCUAUUCUAUAAAAUCAAUGAUUUCAUAAGGCAUAAACAAAAAUUGGUGACAUGUUUAAUGUAAUUUGGAUCAUAAUUUACCAAUGAUCUUUGCAAAUAGUGGUCAAGAGGGCAUUAACUUUUCUCUUACUUAAGCUAAAUUAACUACAUUCCUUCCUGUCAUAAUUAUAUUAUUAAGUACUAUUAUUCAUAUUUAAAAUAAUCAUGAUACUUUUUUCAAACCUAAAAUAAAUGUUAUACAAAACUAUGAACUGAGUUCUUUUAUCUAUCAUAUUUUAGCAAAAACUCAGGAAUAUAACACAUAAGGGAGACGUUGAUUUAAGAUUUUCCACUAAACUGAGUAUCUGUUAACCAAAGUUAAUUUUCCAUUCUUCAGUUGGAUAAGAGCUUUUAGCCAAGUUUAAUUUGUCUUUAAAGACAGUCAUUUGGAUUCUGAAUGUUUGAAAGGAUUUUUACAAAUAAGUAGUGUUAUGAUAGUUGUUUCUAUAAUUCUAAACUUUGAUAGUAAUCAGUGUACUAAAUUUUGUUUCUGAAUACAUUCUGAAUUCAUAAAAAAUUAUUAGCAGUGAAAGUAAUUUUAUUGAGUUGUACAUGUUUACACAUAUUAGUUUAUUUCUCUUGUGUUAAAAGUACUGCUGUUUUUGUUUUGCUUCUGUAUAUUUGUGUGUAGCUGUUAUAUGUAAUUUAUCUAGUGUUUAUAAAAUGUGAUUU